AUGACGCACGGACAACUUCAAGUGACGGUUAUUGAAGCGCGUGACUUGUACCAUGAAGAUUUAGUUGAUAAAAAUGACCCUUAUGUUGAAGUGUCGAUUGAUAAGCAUUACAAGCAGCGAACAUCGACUCAGAGUAACACUGAUUCUCCCUCGUGGAACGAAACAUUGAUUCUGCCAGUUCCUCAAGGUCACCAUCAUUUACAUGUGCAUGUUUUCGAUGCGGACAUAGUGGGUCAUGAUUUGAUUGGUUCAGCUAAAAUUGAUUUAAAUCCAAUAAUUCUUGGUAAACCGUUCGACGGUUGGGUCAAGUUGCCGACACAUCUUCAUUUAUCAUCACACGGCGAAGUUCAUUUGUCUAUUCAAUACAUUAAAAGUUCUUAA